CUCGUUCCUCCAUCUUCUUCAUCAUCUUUUAUAAAGAAAUCAGAAUGAGGAGAAACUGCAACCUGGAGCUUCAGCUCCUUCAUCCUUCUUAUGAAACCCAUAAAAAACAGCAAGAGCAAGAACAACACGAAGAACAGCAGCAAAAGCAGCAGCAGAUGAUGACUAUUUUUUAUAAUGGAGCGAUGUGCGUUCGUGAUGUUACAGAGCUUCAGGCUAGAAGCAUCCUUUUUCUUGCAAACAGAGAAAUGGAGGAAAGGGUAAAGAGUCCAUUUACUCCAAGUGGAUCAGAACUAUCUUCACCAACUGUGAUGUCUCCACUGUGUAGCCCUGUUGCUGGCUUGUCUAUGAAGAGAUCACUCCAGAGGUUUUUGCAGAAGAGGAAGCUUAGGGUUCAAGCAACAUCUCCAUACCAUCACUAGAAACCCAUUUUUCGAUUGAUUAAUUGCAAAUUUGGUUGCAUUUUUUUGUUUUUUUGUUUGUUAAUCGAGGCGAUAAGGGAGAUUUGUAGACAGUAUCUAGCUAGGAAUCCUUAAUGAAAUGAUGAUAUAUUAGCCUUCUUGUACAUAAUCGCUUCAAAUCAUGUUCAUCCAUAUAUUUAAAGCCAAAAAAAUCCUUAUGAUAUA